AUGCUUUGUCAAUUACGGUGGCUGAAUCAUGAAUGGCUGUAAUUAAAAUGGCCGCCAAGUUUCCCAAUACCGAUUGACGAGACUAAAAAUUGAUAUUUGAUAAAAAUCUCUGGUUUUACUUCUGCCUUGAAUGAAUAUAUUGCGUUUAGUAUUAAGUGUCUUGUAUUGUAAAAAUAAAGAUGAUUAAUGCUGUAUAAUUUUGUGAUCUACCUAACUCCAUUCAUCAGAAUUGCAUGUUGAAUAUUGAUAUUUUUUUAAUCAAAAAAUGGCAUGGCCUGCAGCAAAUGGUCAGUGGGUACCCAGUGUUCAAAUGAAUGCUGAUCCAGCAUCCAUUAAUAUGGGAUCUUACACCCCCGAGCAAUGGAAUUUAUUGCAGCAGCAAAAUUGGCAACAGUGGGCCCAAUGGCAGCAGCAGUAUGCUCAAUGGCAAUCUCAAUACGGAGAGAGUUAUGCAAAACAGAUGCAAGCAAUGCAGCCUAUGGGAGGUGGGACUCCUUUGCCCCCAAAAAAUAUUGCUCCUCCACCUGCCCCUCCACCACCAGAGAAGCCUCCACCACCACCACCUCCUCAUGAAAAUGAUCAGCCCCUAUAUUGUGGUGAUGCAAAACAAACAGAAAGUAUGGUUGUCAGUAGUCAGCAGUUUGGUAUUAAAACCAGCUUUCCCACAAAUUCAGAUAAUAAUGACAAAUGGUCUUAUAAUAAAGAUGUUAGAGCAAUUGAAACUCCGGCUGUCCAGUCCAGUACUUCUGUAAACACUGAAGCAUUAAAGAAGCUAGCAGAAGAAGAGAGAUUAUUCGAUAUACAAUUUCAAAGGUGGGAGGAAGAAAUUCGAAAAUGGAAAGAAGAAAAUGUUAAUCAUCCUGAUAAAGUAGCUUACAGUGAAUAUGAACAGAAAUUUGAGGCCUGUCGAGCCCAACUAUUAGAGAGACGUAGACAAAUGAACCAAAAGAGGGCUAGCCUGAUGAACACUGCACACCAUCCUGCCUCCAAUAAAAACUCAGGCAAUACAUACAUUCCCCCUAAUACAUCUAUUCCCCCUCCAAUAAAUGUAAAUUUAAAUAAAAAUACACAGGAAGCUACGUAUAACACCAAACCAAAUCAAAACUAUUCAACAAAUAAAGAAGAGUAUGGUUAUGGGGCCAAAAAAACUCAAUAUGGUUACAAUAGGACCGAAAACAUGAAUAUUGAUCCACAAGACAGAUAUGAUUUAAAUCAACAUAUGUACACACCGGAAAAGGUGGAAAAACCAAGUUUCUUGCCCAAUAGUGAAAGAAUCAAGGGCAUACCAGGACUUGAUUUAGUUCCUGAGGUUGAAAAACCCAAUACACAGGAAGUUAUUGAAAUCCCUGAUGAUCAAGGUACUAAUGAAAAAUUGGGCACCAGUAAUCCAACAACAAAUAUGCCACCUGAUUAUUUAAAUAUUUCAAAGGGUAUAAACAAUAUACUAGGGGAUGAGAAAAUUAUGAACAUUCUUUCAAUGGUACAAAAUCAGAAACCACCCCUCCUUUUUAAUAAUCAAUCAUCAAAACCCAAUAUUAGUGUAAACCCAUCAAAUGCUCAAUUUAAUACUGACACAAGUCUGUUGUCUCAAAAUAUUAAAUGGAAUAUGAACGAUAAUAAUUAUAACAGAAUCAACAAUUUCAAUAUUCAGAAUACAACCAAUGACCAACAAAAUUCAAACAAAUUCUUUCAUAUGCAACAGAGACCACCUCCUCAAAAUUACAAAGACACACAAAAAGAUAUGCAUAACGUAAAUUAUGAUGAAGGAUAUGGACAGUAUGAUAAUAACUCUCAAGGACAGCAUAGCAAUCAAUUUGGAAAUACCCAGAUGCCAUCCCAGGGUCAAGGUAGACCACAAAUUUCAAGACCUAGUGCACCUUCAAUCAGGCCCCUAUUAUCAAUACCUGUUCAAAGACCGCCUCUUCCCCAAAGACAUAUUACUCCUCAAAGACCUGAUAUUACUCCAAGAUCCAAUGCUCCUGUAAGACUCGGUGCUCCUCAAAGACCCAAUGCACCUCUAAUAUACAAUGCACCCCAAACACCCAAUCUUACACAAAUACCUAAUGCACCUCAAACUGGCUCUUUGCUUAGACCUGAUUACCUUCAAGCUUCCGUAAGACAGAAUGCGCCUCCGGAAUUGCCAGUGCAGCAAAAAGCAAGUUUUGACAAUCCAAAUAAAUAUAGUGGUGGUUAUGCUGAGAUACCUCCCCAAGAAAAUAUAGCACUGAACAGUGUACCACCAAAACCAAAAUGGGUUGAAGAGCCAAUAUUUACACCAUCCAUAAUUGUUGAAUAUGAUCAUCUACCAUUACGAUUGAAAGCUCGAGACUUUAUUGAACCAGUUCAUAUGUUUGACUAUAAUCACAAAUCAAAGGAUGGUGAUGUAAAAAAAAGAGACUUUGAAAGAGAAGUUGAUGAAUUAUAUACAAUACUGCCAAAUGAAAGUGAUAGAUAUAGAGAUUUUGAAAGAAGACCUCCAGUUGGUUCAAGAGAUGACCAUAGAUCUAAAGAUUUUACCUAUGAUUAUGUGCAGCGUGAUGAUAGAAACAAGUUUGAUGAAAAAUUUGGCUAUCGAAGGCAAAAUGAACAGGAUAGAUUUAAACCAGAUGAUCUUUAUAAAGAUAGAGUGUUUGACAGUGAUAGGAUUUAUGGGCGAGAUAGGGAGAGAGACAAUGGUAGGGACAGAUUAAAAGAUAUGGAUAGGGGGAAGUAUAGAGAAAGAGAUAUUGGCUGGGAUAGGGAUAGAGAAUCAGGAAGAGAUCGGGACAGAAGUAUUGGUAAAGAUCGUGACAGUAUAGAAAGGGAUAGAGAUUCAGAAAGGGAACGAGACAGGACUGUAGGCAGGGAACGGGACAGAGUUGGAAGAGAGAGAGACAGAGAUUUCGAAAGAGAUAGAGGUAGGGAGAGAAGAGACAGUAGCUAUGAUAGACCCAACAAUCAAUAUAGACUCUGGAACAGAGAUAUUUAUAGGAACACUUCAGAUUCUAAAGAUCAGUCCAGAAAAAGUCCUACUAAUCAAAGCCCUGAGAGAGACUCCCGCAAACGUUUGCAUGUAGAAACUGAGAAAUCAAGUUCUAAAAAGCCAAAGGAAUCAGGAAAACCUGGAAAAAAUGUAAUUCCUCAGCAAAUAAUAAUGAUAGAUGAUAUACUGGAACCACCUGGAAGAGAAAUGAGACCAGAGAAAAUUCUCAUCAUUAUGAGAGGUCCUCCCGGAAGUGGUAAAUCAUAUUUGGCAAAAUUAAUAAGAGAUAGAGAGGCUGAAUUCGGUGGCACAGCAAGGAUAAUGUCAAUCGAUGAUUACUUCAUGCAAGAGGGUGAAAUCGAGGAAACGGACCCUACUACUGGAAAGACGAUAAAGAAGCCAUCAUUAAAAUAUGAAUAUGAUGAAAAUUAUGAAGAAUCAUAUACAAAUUCAUUGAAAAAAGCUGUCAAAAGAACAAUAUCUGAUGGGUAUUUCCCAUUUCUAAUAUUCGACGCAGUUAAUGAUCAACUAAAAAGUUAUGCCGAUGUUUGGAACUAUGCAAGACAGUGUGGAUUUCAAGUAUACAUUUGUACAUUAGAAUUAGACCCGCAAGUGUGUUUCAAACGGAACAUACACAACCGUACGAUGCACGAUAUACAAACUAUAGCUCACAGAUUUUUCAAAACACCAGACCACCAUAUACUUUUGGACCCUACUACCCUAUUGCAAAAUGCCGCAAUACCUGAUGUGCAUAUGGAAGACGCUGUGGUCACGGUUGAGGAAGACAACAUUCAAGAACAAGACGAGGUUGAAACUAGUUUUACUUCAAAGUGGGAGAAAAUGGAUGAUGCUUCGAAACUAGCCCGGCUCGAUGGCACCAGCAAGCCACUUCGUUCUUCACAACUCACCAUGGAAGACUAUCUACAACUAGACGACUGGACACCUAGCAAGGCUAAACCUGGGAAGAAAUCUGUACGGUGGGCUGACAUUGAAGAGAGAAGAGAACAAGAGAAGAUGCGCGCCAUUGGUUUUGUUGUGGGUCAGACGGAUUGGAACCGAAUGACCGAUCCCACCAUGGGAUCUAGUGCCCUGACACAGACUAAAUAUAUUGAGAGAGUUAAACGAAACUAAUGUUAUACGUUCAUUAUCUAAAGUAUGAUUAGACAAUAUUAUUUCAUUGCGAUUUGUUUCACAAUAUUUCAAUUUUGUGUGGCUUCAGCACUUAAAGCAAAGUUCAAAAGCGUUGUCUGUUUAAUACAAAGUUCGAAUGUUACUCUUGAACAUUAUUGUUCAUAUAAAGCCAUGAUAACAAUGGUUUCAGUCACUAUGUUUUUAACUCUUAGAGCUAUUUUAAGAAUAACACACAUUAAUAAGUUAUAGUUUAUGGGGCAGCGGAACUUUGAAAAUAAUUCGUCGUAUGAAACAUUAACUUAUUAAAAAGAAGAGUUUCAUCGAAAGCGAUGAUUAAUUCAGGACAGAGAUAAUUUUUGUAUUUGCCUCGUAAAUAGGCAGCGUACAAACAUACAAUCACAUCUGUGUCCCAGGGGGUGGUUAGUGUUACGGAUCUCCAUUUUAGGCAGUCCUUACAUAUUUCCCUAUUCACUCAUCAUAUCUUUUUCAUUUAGAUAAUAAUGUUAUAUCCAAACUUAGUAUUUAUAUAUAGGUAAUAUGUAUACAUAAUAGUUAUAAUAAACAGCUUGAAAUGAAA